ACCAUAAUCUUGAGUAUCUGGCUGUAGCUGUCACGUCUUUACUGACAAAUUACUGUGUCGAACAUAGCUGGGCUCUCGGAUGCAAUGGUGGUCCUGAGCGGCGAUGUGAUUCUUAUUAUCUUGGACUUCUUGAGGGCACAAGUGGAUCACAAUACACUAUUCCAAUGUGCCUUGGUAUCUAGAUGGCUGGCAAAGCCGGCCUUAUCCAUACUUUAUCAACUAUAUGACUCGUCCCCGGCAUUUGGUGGUGGCACAGAAGAUGAGUCCUUCAAACCGCGUGCCCUUGAUUCCUCAAGGGUGCCGUCGUUGACUACGAUACCAAAGAGCGCUUCAGAAUCAGCUGCAACAUUUCACAAAUGGGUUCUCAUGUGGCGGUCAAUCAUACUGUCGACCUCAGAGGGGAAGACAUACUUGCCGUACUGUGAUUACAUUAGAUACUUGGACUUGGAUGAUUUCAGGGAACUUUUGACGCAUUUCGGAUUCAAGAGCCGUAUACGAGAUGAUUUCUUUACUAGCGGAAUUGGUGAUCUCAUAUAUCAGGAUUAUGAAAGCAAGGGGCAUAAAAGACUUCGGUCUUCCAAAGAGGACCUCACCAACACGUCAUGGGUCAUUCAGAGAGUUGGUACAUGUCAGUCACUGCAAUGCAUUGCUGUCAAUUAUAAGUCAAACGUAUCUGGAAAUUCUCUAAAGCAGUGGGCAGUUCAUUUGCCCAGAUUACAGACUCUUUAUAUCUGGAAUGGGGCGGCAUUUAGUGAAAGAGCCGACGAAAAGAUCCGAGAGCAUUGCCCAGACUUUAAAAGUCUUUCGGUUUUCAGAUGGUUGGAUCGUCCAGAUCUUCAAGCAGAUGCCGAUGCUGAGCGCGUUUUGAACACCCUCCGGCCCAACUCGUUGGAGACUUUUGAAGUAAUUAGUCUAUCGUACAUUGGGCAGCGGACCAUUCUCGCUUUGGGUGCUCACCUGGACUCACUAACAAGACUGAUAUUGACAAAUCUGUCCAUCGAAGCUAUUGCUCAGCUUCCAGCGCUUGGUCCACCUAGAGCCUUGAAGAAGCUCAUACUGACGGAUUCUCAACCUACUGCCCAUGACGAAUCAUUCAACGAGACUCUUGCAGCCGUUGCUGGGUGGAUCUCUCAGUGCGAAAGCUUGCGUCAUUUGCAACUUCGAGAUUUUAUGGGAACUGAGGACGCGAGCCUUCUCGCAAAGGUGCUGGGUGAUGAUAGAAUACGACUUGAAUCACUUCAAAUGAGGUGCUAUUACACGACAAACAAUGAGGAUUUCCACCACGCACUAUCGCUUCAAGGCGAAUGUCUGCAGUCCCUUAUCCUCCAACGUAAGCGCCACGCUCUCGUGCAAACCGAGGAAAGUCUGCUACAAGCAAUCUGCAAAUUGACCGAACUUCGGGAGCUGGAUCUCAAAGAAGUCUCCGAUUACUAUACAGCGGGCCAUGUCAUGACCAUGAUGCCGUACUUGAAGAAAUUGGAGCGAUUCUCCGUCAAUGGGCUAAGCUUUGAUGAUGAUCUCUGGCCCUCCUUUCUUACAUUGAAAAACUUGCGCUUCCUUGCAAUUCACGCUUACAGCGAGUUUACGGCGGAGGGAAUUUUGGAUUUUGUCUCUCAACUCGGUCCAGGCAACCAAGGAUUCCAUCUGGUUAUAACGAGCGCGGUAGCUGAGACCGCCAUACUGCCUGACGCACAGCUUGUCAUUCAUGAAGCUCUUCUGCAGAACGUGAACGGGGCUUUUGAUUAUGAAGUUCUUAUAGGUAAGUUCUGA